AUGGAAGUCUUCAUCCACCUUGCGGACGUCGAUUUCUCCUCGCGCUGUGCCCUGCAGGACUGCUACGUGCUCCCCGCGCGCAGCCACCCGGCAGCGGCGUCCGCGGAGGGGGCGGCAGUUGAGGUUGUUGGGGACAAAGGCGGUGUCCGUGCGGGCGCCGGGGCGUUGCCUGAGGCGGUCUUGGUGUCCCCCUAUUUCCUGCAUCGCCACACAGCGCAUCGCAGCCCCCGUCCCCUCGCAUUGCUAUGGCGCUGCGGGGCAUGUGGAAAAGAGCAGCCCGUUGCGAGGGAGGCGCUGUCCCUCUUCUCUCACAGGGGCGGUCACGGCGGGAGGAAAGGCGCGCCACUAGGUGCGGCGUCGCGUCGACACGAGCCUGCGGCGUGCCCCGGCUGCUAUGCUUGUCCGCGGUGUAAUGCGCCUGCCUUGUCCAUCUCCAUCUCGCGUCAGUUGCUGUACGUGGCGUGCUGCUCGUACUGUCACUGGCGCCACGGUGAUGCUUGUGAGGAGCUGGAGGGACUCCUCGCCUCCCUGUCGGCUGUGACGGCGUCGAACUCGAUGCCGCCCUGUCACCGUGCUGCCGCCGAGUGGCGUCGCUCGAGCGGUGGGGAGCGGGAAGCCCACGGGGAGGCGUCGUCGAGCCUCUCCCGCUCGGCAAACUCGGAGUUUACCGGAGCGGCCGUGGCGGUGGGCGGGGCAGCCCCAAGGCACGCCGCUGUGGCGCUGGAGGAGCUUCGAAACGCCAUUUGUGAGCGAGCGUUGAAGAGUGCGGGCAGUCCGCCUGGGCGGGGGCCGCUUCGCCGCGCCGUGCGAAACCGCCACGGCGUCGCCUGA